UGCUACACUUAAGCAAGAUGAACGCCUUGCUGUGUCUGGUCAUUGCAUUAAUCCCAGUCGUGUAUGCAGGAAACGUCUCUUCUUGGCAUCGUUUUGACAGACAGGUUACGCUGCAGAGACUAAAGGCAAGAGAGCACCCCUUCACCACGCAGGCGUCUCCUAAUGAAGAGACAUGUGCUAGUCUCUGUGCCGAGGACAGACUGUGUGCUGCAGUCACCUUCCUGGAGGGUACGUGCAGCAUGUACAGAUCUUCUCUGACAUCCUCUGGGAAAUCUGUCCUUGGAGCCAAGCACUUCAUCAAGGCAGGCGCGCUUCCUGAUCCAGACCCAUGCCCUGCAUCUAUGGGAUAUACGUCCGUGUUGUCUCCUCGGUUGUGCUACAAGUAUAUUCCAAUAUCCAACACUUGGACCCAUCACAGUGCUCGGUGUCAAGCUGAAGAUGGCCGCCUGAUCGUCCUCAACAGUCAGGAGACACAGGAGUACAUUGCCUCAUUCCAGGGUCAAGCUGAUGUGUCAGGCAAACUCUGGGUUGGAAUGCAGAAACUCAACAACGUGUUUACCUGGCAGGAAGGUUCCACUUAUGUCUGGAAAUGGUCCACAGGGGAACCUGACAACGAUACAGAUCAGAACUGCGUGCAGUUGUUUUAUGGCAAAUUGUCGGACAGACCGUGCCACGUUCAUCGUCAAGCUGUCUGUGAAAUACCUCUGUGAAAUAUGACAUUAGUGAGGGGCAGUGAGAAUUCAUUUGUUAAAGUUUGAGAAUAGAAAGAGAUCGUGUGAAAUUCAAAUGUGCAACAUUAAUAUAUUUCCAAUGAUGAAUACUUCGUUCUAGUUUAAUCUGGGUGUAUUCUUAACUCCUAUUUAGUUAUACCAUAUAG